AUGACAGAAGCUAAGACUCACCAGCUUGGAGCAGCCCUGUCUCUCAUCCCUUUAAUUUUCCUCAUCUCUGGGGCUGAAGCAGCUUCAUUUCAGCGAAACCAGCUGCUUCAAAAGGAACCAGACCUCAGGUUGGAAAAUGUCCAAAGGUUUCCCAGUCCUGAAAUGAUCAGGGCUUUGGAGUACAUAGAAAAGCUCCGACAACAAGCUCACAAAGAAGAAAGCAGCCCAGACUACAAUCCCUACCAAGGUGUCUCUGUUCCCCUUCAGCAAAAAGAAAAUGGUGAUGAAAGUCAUUUGCCGGAAAGUUCAAGGGAUUUCCUGAGUGAAGAUGAAUGGAUGAGGAUAAUACUUGAAGCUUUGAGACAGGCUGAAAAUGAGCCUCAGUCUGCACCAAAAGAAAACAAGCCCUAUGCCUUGAAUUCGGAAAAGAAUUUUCCAAUGGACGUGUCUGAUGAUUAUGAGACUCAACAGUGGCCGGAGAGAAAGCUCAAACACAUGCGCUUCCCUCCUAUGUAUGAAGAGAAUUCCAGGGACAAUCCCUUUAAACGCACAAAUGAAAUAGUGGAGGAACAAUAUACUCCUCAAAGUCUGGCUACUUUGGAAUCUGUCUUCCAAGAGCUGGGGAAGCUGACAGGACCAAACAACCAAAAGCGUGAGAGGGUUGAUGAGGAACAAAAACUUUACACAGAUGAUGAAGAUGAUGUCUACAAGGCCAAUAAUAUUGCCUAUGAAGAUGUGGUUGGGGGAGAAGAUUGGAAUCCAGUAGAGGAAAAAAUAGAGAGUCAAACCCAGGAAGAGGUAAGAGACAGCAAAGAGAAUGCAGAGAAAAGUGAACAAGUCAAUGAUGAAAUGAAGCGUUCCGGGCAGCUGGGCCUCCAGGAUGAAAAUCUCCGGAAAGAGGGUAAAGACCAACUCUCAGAUGAUGUCUCCAAAGUAAUCGCCUAUCUGAAAAGGUUAGUGAAUGCUGCAGGAAGUGGGAGAAAUGGGGAAAGAGCAACCAGGCUUUUGGAGAAACCACUUGAUUCUCAGUCUAUUUAUCAGUUGAUUGAAAUCUCAAGGGAUUUACAGAUACCCCCUGAAGACUUAAUUGACAUGCUCAAAACUGGAGAGAAGCCAAAUGGAUCAGUGGAACCAGAGCAGGAACUUGAACUUCCUGUUGACCUAGGUGACACCUCAGAGGUUGACUUAGACCAUCCAGAUCUGUUCCAAAAUAAAAUGCCCUCCAAGAAUGGCUACUCCAAAAUACCUGGUCGUGCUGUGACAGAGGCCCUACCGGAUGGGCUCACUGUUGAGGACAUUUUAAAUCUUUUAGGGAUGGAGGGUGCAGCAAAUCAAAAGCCUCCAUAUUUUCCCAGUCAGUAUAAUCGAGAGAAGGGUCUGCCAAGACUCCCCUAUGGUCCUGAGAGAUCUAGAGCAAACCAGCUUCCCAAAGGUGCCUGGAUGCCAGAUGUUGAAAGCAGACAAAUGGCAUAUGAAAACCUGAGUGACAAGGAUCAAGAAUUAGGAGAGUACUUGGCCAGGAUGCUAGUUAAAUAUCCUGAGAUCAUGAAUUCCAACCAAGUGAAGCGAGUUCCAAGUCAAGUUUCAUCUGAAGAUGACCUACAGGAAGAGGACCAAAUCGAGCAGGUCAUCAAAGAACAUUUGAAUCAAGGCAGCUCUCAGGAGACUGACAAACUGGCCUCAGUAAGCAAAAGGCUCUCUGUGGGGCCCCCAAAGAAUGAUGAUACGUCCAACAGACAGUACUUGGAUGAAGAUCUGUUAAUGAAAGUGCUGGAAUAUCUCAACCAAGAAAAGGCAGAAAAAGGAAGAGAGCAUAUUGCUAAGAGAGCAAUGGAAAAUAUGUAA